GAAUUGAUAAGUAUCAAACAAAGACUAAUAUUGUACCAAAAAUUACAUUUCUCCACCAUUUCUCUGUCUCCUGUAACCUUUUUAGUGUUUUUAUGUUAUCUUUUAGUUGGAUUGUUUUGAUAGACUUGAUAGCAUUUAACAAUGGCUACUUGCUCAUCAAUCAAGUCUACAACAAAACAAGUCCGUCCACUGCUCUCUCUAAGCUUCAAUGAGGCUAGACAGCGUUCUAUUGGACUUUAUCGGGCUUGGUACCGAUACAUUCCUUAUUUGUUGCUCUACUGUGAUAUUAACAAGUCGCAUCAACAGUGCCGCGAUAAGCUCAGGGAGAAGUUUUACAAAAACGCCUGCGUCACAGACACGAGGGUUGUGGACAUGCUAGUUAUCAAGGGUUACAUGGAGCUGAAAGAAGUUACCCAUAACUGGAUGCAGAAGGGUCGUAUCAUGGCACACUGGAAUCCCACUCACGAGCCCAAACCCAAAGAAUUUAUCGCUAAAUUUUUACGAGGUUUAGAUUAGGAGGUAUAGGUUUGUUCAUAAUUUAAAAUAAUUAGUCAAUUAACAAAAUUAUUUUUUAUUGAUCACUUGCACACCAUCACUCGCCUCAAUGCAGGCCCAAGCUGUCCAUAACAAAUUCAUUGUGAUUUUAAAAUAGUUAACCAUUUUAUCAAACAGUAUAAUUUAGUUUGAUAACAUAAAGCUAUAACAUUUUAACAAAAUCCCUUAGUUUCGUUGGUCGUUACAUUUAUACAAAUAGACCUUUAACAAUCGUAUAAUUUUACGACAAAAUAAAAACUAUAUUUUUGUGAACAAUGAUGCUUGAUGAUUAGGUAAGUAUAUCUUCUCUUUCUGAUAAUUAACAUUCACAACCAUAAAUUUGAUAAAUUACAAACAGUAGGUAGGUAUUUGUGUUACUUGCAAACUGUAAAAAUAAUUAAUGUUGUAUCUAUUCAUAAAAACUUAAUAUUUGUUAUUAUUUCACCGAUAUUAUAGUAUUUGCUGUCAGGUUGUGGCUUUAUAAAUCAGACGAAAUGUGGAUAAACCAUUCAACGAAAACUAUACCUACCUAAGUGGUUUCUAGAUUUUUGAUCUUGUACUUAUGCACCUACGUUCGUAAGUAGUAAUCGUCUUAUACUUACCUAGUAGUUAUGGGUAAGUUUAAAAAAAUAUACUUAAAAAUGUAUUUCUACUAAUUAUAUUAAAAGUAGUAGAUAUAUAGGUACCUACUGGGUAAACUAAAGUCUUUAGUAUAAAAUAGGCACCACAUUUCAAUACUUCAAUUUAAUAAAACCACCCCUGAAAAUA